AACGACUCGUGGAGCUUCGGAGGCUGUGAUGCGUGGAAGGAGGUGACAGAAAUGGCGAGAUCGUGUUGGAAGGAGCUAUUGAAAUGGCGAAACGUCACGCCUUAUGACCACUAAACGUCUUCCUCAACCGUCUCAAAUCCGAUCGAUCUCGACUCGAUCUCCAGAAAUGGCGGAGGUGGGUAAACUGUUGUAUGUAGUUGUUGUGGACGAUGGAGGGAAGAGUGAAAAUGGGAAAGAGACAUUUCGUUACACACGAUCUGUUCUGCAGAGUGCUCUGCAACUCAUGGGAUGCAAAGCGCGACAUGCGUUUAAGAUUUGUCAAAGGGUUUUUGAAUUGAUGAAAAGUGAAUGUUCUGCGGAUACUCCGGCUUCAGAGCAGAUGGAGAUAUUAGGACUGGAUUCUUCAAAAGGACAUUCCCAGAAGGAAAACUAUUUCCAUCCUGUUGACUGCUUGGACAAAGAAGAUGGCAGUGACCAUUUAGUUCAAGAUAAAGAUGGUGGAAGUAAGAAUAGACCAUUUGAAUUAUACAAAAGACUCACAACUGUAGUAGUUAGAAGAAACACUUUUUUGGACAUUGUUUAUAAUGCUCUUGCUGACUACAAGUAUGUGGGUCCUAACCAGAGGGCAGAUUUGGUCUUAGCUUGCAGAAUCCGAGAAAGGAAGGAAUCUGUGACUGUGCUAUUGUGUGGCACUAGUGGCUGUGGCAAAUCUACUUUGUCUGCCCUUCUGGGAAGCAGGUUGGGGAUCACAACUGUUGUAUCUACUGACUCAAUUCGGCAUAUGAUGAGGAGUUUUGUAGAAGAAAAGCAAAACCCUUUACUUUGGGCUUCUACAUAUCAUGCUGGGGAAUAUUUAGAUCCGGUGGCUGUUGGAGAAGCAAAGGCCAAGAGGAAAGCAAAAAAAUUAGCCGGUUCUUCACACUCAAUACCAAAGGAUGAUAUAAAUGAUGGUUUCACCGCUGGAAAAUCUGAUUCUCGGCUACUAAAUGUCGCUUCUAGUGCUGUUGAACUGAUCAGUCCAAAACAGAUGGCCGUUGAGGGAUUUAAGGCACAGAGUGAGAUGGUAAUUGACAGUCUUGACCGGCUGAUCACUGCAUGGGAAGAUCGGAAAGAAUCAGUAGUUGUUGAGGGUGUCCACUUGAGCCUUAAUUUUGUGAUGGGGCUUAUGAAGAAACACCCGUCAAUUAUACCAUUCAUGAUAUACAUCACAAACGAGGACAAACACCUGGAGCGUUUUGCAGUCCGUGCAAAGUAUAUGACAUUGGAUCCUGCUAGAAACAAAUAUGUAAAAUAUAUCCGUAACAUCAGGACAAUCCAAGAAUAUCUCUGCAACCGAGCCGACAAGCAUCUAGUCCCAAAAAUUAAUAAUACCAAUGUUGACAAGAGUGUGGCAGCCAUCCAUGCAACGGUUUUCAGCUGCCUACGAAGACGUGAGGCUGGGGAGCAGCUUUAUGAUCCCAAUACAAACAAAGUUGCUGUGAUUGAUGAGGAGUACAGGAACCAGUGUGCUGCAAAUUCAUUGAGCUCCAAAAGAAUGUUUCAACUGAUCCAGAGGCAAGGUUCUUCUAGACAUCUUAUGGCUCUUCUAAAUACCGAUGGCUCUGUGGCAAAGGCUUGGCCUGUUGACUCAAUAGGCUGUAGUGGCAAUCGAGUUGUGGUUGAUUCAACUGCGAAUGGGAGAGGAACACCACUGUAUGGGCCUCUGCAGAUCGGUAAGGCUGAACCUGUCAAUCUUCAGUUUGGUCACUUCGGGAUCAGUGCUUGGCCCAGUGACACUGGCGGCACGAGUCAUGCCAGCAGUGUUGAUGAAUCAAGGGGUGAUGGAACCGAUAAUGGUAGUAGAUAUUACUCUUCGUGCUGCAGCACACCGAGGAUGUCUGAGGGACCUGCCAAGGAGCUCAAGGAAGAACAAUCUGUGCAUGGUAGCGAUGAAGAGGUGGACGAUCUACCUGAACUGGACAGCGAUGAGGAUCUUAGUGAUGAUGAUCAGAAACAGAUCAAUGAAGAGAUGGAGGGUUCAGUGGAUGAAGAGUCUACAAAAUCAGAUGAGGAAUACGAUGAUUUGGCAAUGCAGGAUGUGCGAGAGAAUGGUUACUGGUCAGACAAUGAUGAUGAGUUCAAUUAUAAGGUAGUUCCUAUUUCUAGGGACCACCCAACCCCCAAGGUUGCUCAUACCCGGGUAGACAAGUACAGACAGAAUGUUGAUCGGCCCUUGAGAACUAAGAGUGUAUCACUAUCUGAGCCACCAUGCUUUUACUCUUCUUCGCAUAAGAAUGAAAAGAGAACGUCAUUCUCGGGCAGUGCCAAAAUGAGGAAACGUUCUCUUAGUAUUCCAGCCUCCCAAAAGCACAUGUCAAUGACGAAUGGUCCUAUUCUCUAAGGAUCCCUGCCAAGGAAACUAAAGUGAGUCUAUUGUGAAGGCACUUUUACAGUAUGGGAUGUUUCUCUCCUUCGAAUUGCGAGAGGAAACUCUCAUAAUCUCAUUGUGAGAGCGUCCAAUGAUGCCUUUUUUUCAUUAGAAAAUCAGUUUCAGGUAUUUUUCAUCAGUUUAGUUGCACAUCAGUUCUGGAGCCUGAUUGAGCAUUAAAUUGAUGUUUCUGAGUUUUAGGUGCUACUCUUUUUCGUGGAAGCCACGAGGCUCGAACCAUAGCCUUUUUUAGUUUUUGCAAUAGCUAGAUGAUGGUGUGCAAUAUCAGUCAGCCAUUGAUCCCAGUUACUUGGAUCUAUCCUCCACGGAAAGUAAGAAAUUCUGCAGAUUUUGACUAAUUCAAGGUGAAAAAUGGGGUUUCUCCCUUAGCAAAACUGGGAUAAACUUCUACUAGUGGUCUUUGAUGUCCCCUCAGGAGCAUGUCACAGUUCCUUGACAACAGAAUAAAACCUGUGUUGAUAGUGCUAGACAUAAGAUGUUAGACCUAGCAUCAACCUAGUGGUGAAGGCGUUGGCAGUGGUGUGGACUUGUUAAUAGUGGUCAUGGUUACAUUGUCAUUUUCUUUGGUGUUGUGGUGCUGGUCGUUAAGCCACAAAGGUUGUUAUUGAUGAUUGUCACAUGGGGAUUACAGGACACAGGAUCUUCUCCACCCUUUUGUUUAUGUCCGAUAUUUUUUGUUUUUGUUAGUUUUUCGCUAGUGAUAUAGUACUUCGGUAACUUCUCUGCCUCCCAAAGUGGAAGGUCGAAAGUCGAAAGUUCAAGUCGUAUGUGAUUGUGCGAGGUUUGUGUCUUUUUCUUUUUUUUUCUUUUUUUUUUUUUUUGAGGUGUAAAAAACUGAUAGUACUUGCCACCACGUUAUCAGCAAUAAAAGCUGAAAAAUGUUUUUAA